AUGGUGAGCCCAUUUAGAUCUCCAUGUACUUCGCCAAGAAAAUCAAGAAAAGUGAGCAAGAACCCUUAUUCAAACCGUGGACUUGACAAAUUCUCUGAGCUUCUCUCAGAACUCGACGAGAAGAGACAGAGCAUCUACUCCAAGAAACUCGACUCCGGUGGCCCACCUCUUGUCCGGUUUGUGUUCACAAGCUCCGGUGAGUGUGUCCCCGUCGUGAUCAAGUCAUCUAAUCUUCAUAAACAGAAGAAGACCAAAGAUGUUGCAGCUGCUCCUAAAGUCAAGACAGUGGUCAACGAACCGAAUACAGAGGAAACGAAGAAAACAGAACCUGAAACAGAGGAGAAACAGAGCUGUGUUUUGAACGAGAAUCUGAAGAAGAUCACGAGACCGAACCGUUUCUUGCCCGUGACAGUAAUACUAGUUCUUGUUUUCUUGGUUUUCUUUGGAAGAUCUGUUGCGAUUAUGUGCACUUGUAUUGCUUGGUACUUGGUUCCAACGAUCAAGGACCAGAGCGGAAACAAAGGAUCUUCAACAUACGCGAUGAAGAAGAAAGACUUCGCUAGGAAAUUAAGUAUUGAAGACAGAGCAUCGUUUAACCCAAGAACUGUUCGUCAUCAUUCUCCUCGCAAGUAGAAUUUUCGUAUUUUGGCUGCUCGUGAAAAAACCGCGUGACCGACCAAAAACGUUUUUUUUUUUUUUUUUUUUGUGGAAGUUCUUUGGUUUAUUUUCUUGCCUUCUUGGUAUCUUUUGCUUUAAUCUCUGUUCUUGGAAAACUGUGUAUUUUUGGACAGCUGAACUAGCAGAAAUUUGUAUAUUUAUUCCCCUAGAGUUUUAAUUGUUAUAGCUGUAAAUAGAGCCCCUGUAAACAUGCAAUUCGAAAAUGUUCUUGUUUACAUAUUAUCUACUGACUACUGUAAACAUAAUUCGAAGCCUCAAACAACUUCUAUCAACAAAUACAAUCAAAGCUUCACCGGC